AUGGCGCACUUGACCACAUCGUCAAAUCAUGUCCAAUAUAUUCCUUUGAGUGUUGCCGCUGCCACCCUUCACUGUAUCAUUCUGCGCCUGAGAGUCGAUGUCGGAAUGGAACUCUAUGGCAACUACGACCCAGCAUGGAAAGCUGCGCUUCAAGGUGCGGUGGCGUACUAUCAGACCUAUUUCAACUACGCCUAUGAUGAGUGGUACCAGUGGCGUCGAGAACAACUUACAACUUACUAUGAUGGAACGACCACUGGCCAAUCCCAUCGGAGAAGGCAGUGCAAAGCCAAGCUCAGCGAUAGCCACACUGGCAACAGCUACCAGGUGGAAGUGAACGAUUGGAACAAGGAUUAUUGCGAAGUAGUUACUCAAUGGCAAUACAAUCGGACAGUCAGAGAGUAUGCGCGCGAGAUCGUUACGGCCUUGCAAAACGUGAUGCAAUUGCAACGCUACAUCCCUGGCAUGGAAAGUGCUGAGAUCCAGGUGAUCCCGGCCAUUGAAUAUGUCACCCUGGGACCAUUCGCGCCUUACACACAAUUCAUCGACUAUGUGACCUACCGAGUCCGAAAUUCCGAGAUUGCUUCGACACGUCCGACAGUUUGUGGACCUGGCGACAUCACUAAGAUAACAGUUCGUUCAGGCUCUUUUGUCGACAAGAUCCAGAUCAACUAUGAGGAUGGCCAGGAAUGUGCUCAGGGUGGUUCUGGUGGAGAUGCCAGAGAGAUUGACCUUUCCAACAAGCACCAAGUUUGCUUCGGUGAUCGGUAUGUUCAAGGAAUUUCAAAGAUGUGCUUCGAUGACUAUCAGAUGACCCACAUGAAAAUGACCCUCUCCGAUGGUUCCGAAUCAAGCUUUGGCAGCGGAUCGUGCUCUGUCAGCUCAGAUGGCACUGUCACUGGCGAUCAGAGCUAUAGGCUUGUGGGAGCUUCGAUCAUUGGAUCAUCUCGGGUGAUUCACGUUGAACCAAUGUACCGCUUCAUCGGGCUGCCAGUCUCAUCCACCAGCAAUCCUUCCAGUUUCAAUAGCGACACCAUGACGUCAGGUGAGAUACUCUAUGCAAACGACGUCUUACAGUCUGCCGACGGCACCUACACCUUCCGCGUCCAGGAAGAUGCCAACUUAGUGGUUUAUGACAGCUCGCAACGUCCCAUAUGGGCCUCGAAAGAUGUGGCACCAAACGACUGCUCUGAUCCAUCCACACUGCAACUUCGGCUUCAAACCAAUGAUGGCAACUUGGUGCUCUACUGUGGCGACGCUCCCUUGUGGGCCUCCAAAACAGUUGCGUCAAGCAGCAUUUGCCGAGUUUUGGCUAUGCAGAAUGAUGGCCAAUUAGCCAUGUACAACGUUGGCAACCAGGUUGGUGUUUGGUCUUCCUUGGGGUCGAUUCCGAUUGGAUUUGGGCCAUUCCAGUUGACAAACCCUGACAGUCUCGCAAUGGGACAGCGCUUGGUGCGGAACUUCUAUGGAACAGACAAAUCAUUUGAAUUCCUCAUCGAAGAUGGACAACCUGUGGUGAAACAGUGGCAGCAAACCACCACCGUUUGGAGCGCUGGUAGCAGUUGCAGCACAACCAGUGAAGCACACCUCACACUACAGGAAGAUGGCAACCUAGUGUUGAUUUGUGACAAGACCGAGACCAACUCCAGGCCAUGGGCAACAAACACCGAGGACCCAUCCCUCAAGAAGUUGAGUGGCAUGAACAAGCUCAUCUUGGACGCAGAUGGUGCAUUGAGGCUCAUCAACAAAAGAGGUGCGACCACCUGGACGUCAGCAGGUGAAGAAUACAGGUACUUUCCUUGA